AUGGGCUACUGGACAGAUGUUGUACCGCAAUGGGCAUGGAUUCUUAUGUUUUGGGUCAUAUUCUUAACACUGUCAAAUCUUGGAGUUCUAACAUACGGCGAGGUUGAGUUCUGGCUUGCCUUGAUCAAAGUCAUCUCCCUCACGAUAUUCCUUAUCCUUGCAACAAUCAUCAGUGCCGGUGGUAUUGGCGGCAAAACAAUCGGGUUCAAGUAUUGGAGCAAUCCUGGCGCUUUUGCCGACUCUAUCAACGGAGUAGCGAAGACAUUUGUGAUCGCAGGCACACUCUAUGCUGGGACUGAAAUGUAUGAUGCACCAUCCACCUUAUCGCUCCGUUGA